AUGAGUGAUAUAUUACGUAAAUGGUUAACGCAUAGUUUAGGUAUCGUAUUAGAUUUAUCAUCCGAUAAAUUUGGUUUAAAUGCUCGCGAUGGACGAUUAAUUGCACAUAUUUUACAUAAUUAUGAUAUCAUAUCAAGUAUACAAUUAAGUGUUAUUGUACCAACGGAUGAUCCGUUGGAGGCACGACAAAAUUUCAAUCAUAUUAAAAUCUGGUUGAAUAAUAUUAAUAUCCAUUGUGAUGAUACAUUGUACGAUGAUAUAGCGGAUGGUAAAAGUUCUGCUGCGAUUCAAUUAUUCUAUCAAUUGUAUUUAAUAUUUGAAAGUCCGGAAAAUUUGUAUGUGAUACAGAAUAAAAAGUUACAGCGAUUUAUACCAUCACAAAAUACACGCUUUCAAGUACACAAAGUUAAGGAUGAAUUAAAAGAAUGCAUUAGCAAUAAUCCUCUUGCGAAACCAUUAAAAGAUCAACAGGAAUUAAUACAAUGGUACAAAACAAAAUACCAGAAUAUUGAGAAAAAAAUUAAGGAAACUCGAGAACAUUAUAAAAAAUAUGUGGAAAAUAAAUGUAAACAUAAAAAAUCCCAUCCAACACGAUUCUUUGAUGUUAAACCAACAUCUGUCGCUGACCACGGCGUUGAUCUACUUGACGCAGACAAAAAGAAAAUGUACCAUGAAUUCUGUCAAACAAUACGAAAAUUUGAUUUAAACGAAAUGAGAGAUUGCACUUACGAUGAACUUUUAUCAAUAAUUCAUGCUGAACAGAGCAUGGAAAAUAAUUCACCCGUUCCCGAAGAUAUCAUGCAUAAAGUAAAACAAAAAUUCAGACAAAUAACAACCGCUCGAAAAUAUAAACAGAAAUUAGAAUCGAAAUUAAUCCAAGAUUUAUGGAAUGAUAUUUUAUCGAAACAAGAAGAUGAAUUUGAUAAAUUAAUAGCGGAAAAAACACUAAAACAGUCAGAAUAUGAGAAACAAAUUGUAACGAAAUGUUUCGAUGUACGAAAUCAAAAGAAUAUCAUAGCGGAAAAUCGACGAUUAGUUGAGAAUCUUAUUGAACGACGACGUGCAGAUGAUUUUAAUAAUGCGGUUUUAUAUCGCGUCGAAGAGCUACAAACGGUACAACGUCAUUAUGAUUUCGAACGUGAACGAAACAUACAAUUACAUCGAAAAUUGUAUGCGAAACGAUUAAAAUCAAAAGCGGAUAUGCAUUAUAAUAUCUGUAAUGACAUAAUGAAUACUUUUGUCGAUAUGGCAGUGAAAACAGCGGAUUAUGAGCGAUUACAUAACGAAAGCGUACCUCAAUUUUUAUUAGGUCAAUGGCGUCAAUUAUUUUUGGCCAGUCAACCGUUGUACGAUUAUUUGGAGCAUGUGGAGAAAGUUAUCAACGAAAUACCUGGACCCGUUGAGAAAAUUGUCCAAAUGGAAUAUGAUCGACAGAAUAUUUUAAAUGAUAAUGAUUUGUUUGAGUAUACGCAUUAUUUAGGGCAAUGGCAAUUAAGAAUUUUAUUCGAGGAUAAUCUAAAAGAAAUUGAUGAAAGUGUAUUAAAUGAAAGUUAUGUGUUAAUCGGACAUAUUGUACAUCGUUUAUUAUUAACCAAAUAUCCGAUACCAUCAAAUCUAUCACCACCGAAAAUACCAAAUUUUCGUAUCGCUGCCGCUGUUACAAAUAUCACCGAUUAUACAUUGAUGGGUGUAUUACGGGACCUAUUAAAGCGUGCCAACGUAACAAUUAUACAAAUUGAGAGUGCGAUUAAAUACGUUUUAGAAUGUUUUCAAAUGGAAAUGUUAGGUAUCGAGGAUAUUGAAAUUAAAUUCUAUGAUGAAACUGUCCGUUGGAUAUUAUCAUCGACAAAUGUAUCUCUGGUUGUGGUACCAGAUUCGAAAAAUAAAAAAAUAUCGGAAAAGGCUAAGAAAAAACAAGCACAAGUUGUAAAGAAAAAACCACAGCAACUUGUAAAAGUAAAACCAUCGAAACAACAAGUUGUAAUUUAUGAAAAAUCAACGCAAACACCAAAAAUAUUACCUGUAACAUUAGCAAAAGAAAAUUUUACCGAAGAAGCCUUGUUGGGAAAACAAGCAUAUGAAUCGUUGGUCUUAGGCAAACCAAUAAAUGAUCAUUUAAUGGCAGAAAUUAUAAUUGCAUAUUUAAAAACAUUAGAAGAUGACAGAGGUUACGUUUUAUUAAAUUAUCCACGUACAUUGAAACAAGCAUUGAUUCUUGAACAUCGAAUGACAGCAAAAAUUCCGAAAAUUAAUGAAGAUCUAUUGUCAUCAAUGACAACAAUCGAUGAUUUAUUACCAUCUAUUGAAAAUUUAUUAAUUAAUAAAACGGAUUCACAAAUUCAAGAAGAUCCACAUAAACUAAAACGUAUAUCCAAGAUCGUACCGAAUCCAAACUGUGAAAUAAAAACUUACAAUGAUCCGAAGCAUACCACAUUUUUUACUGCUUUCAUUACAGCUCGAAGAGAAAGAAAAGCAGAUUAUGAAAAUCGUAAGCCAACUGAAAUGUACGAUGAAGAUUUGUUUGGCAGUAUCUAUGAAGAAUUACAGCAAAUAUAUAAUAAAAAAGGCAAAAAGAAGAGCGGAACCCUUGACCCCGCUAGUGCCGUCAAGAAAUUACCGUUUCAUUCAAAAUCAGCCAGUGAAGUGAUAUCUUCAGAAAUGAGUGUCACAACAGGUGACGGAAGUCAACAAGCUACCGAUGAUCAACAAAAAGAUGCAGAAGAUAAAAAAUUUUCUCAUGCACUGAUUAAUCCAAAUAUUGGAGUUGGUAUUGCAACAUUAUGGGAGAACAUGGAAAAUGUUUAUUUAAAUGAUAUUAAAGAAUUAUUUUUUAUAAAACGUGCAAAUCGUGAAUCCAUAAUGCCAUAUUGUACGUUUGUAAAAGAUCAUAUGAAACAAUUUAUCGUUCGUCCGGAUAAUAAACAAAGUACUUUACAAGAGUUUCAAUAUUAUUAUAAUGCGAUUAAUAACGAUUUACGAGAUGAUGGUAACAUUCAAGCUGAAUUACAUUGCCGUGUUGAUGAGCUGCGUAAUAAAUUGUGGGAAAUGUGCGAUGAACGUUUACAAGAAGUCGAAAACGAACGGCAACGUUUAAUUAAAUGCCAUUGGGUGACGGAUCAAAUGCUUUUAUUAACAAAUUUAUUUAUAAAUUUAAUGCAAAUUGAAUUAAAUCGUACAGCGGAUACAUUACAAGUAAUACAAGACUAUUAUAUGUUAAUAACAUCCGGAAAAUUAGAUAUGGAUGAAUUAAUACAGAAAAUUAAAUUACAAAAGGUUGAAACUGUUGAACGGAAAUUAGGAUCAAUGGAAAGUGUACCACCAAGUUAUUCUUAUGAUCGUGAGAAAAUAGUUUUUACGCCGAUUGGACAGCAGAUUUAUGAUACAAUGGUACAAUUGUUUAUAAAUAUUUCGACGUCCUCAUUUGCUGAUACCCCUUUUAUGGAAUAUAUCAAAAAUAAUAGUCAACUUGCGAUACAACAUAUCGAAAAUUGGAAGAGUAAAUUAAUUGACCCACCCCAAACAGGAAGUGAUAUAUCACUAAAAACAUCGAAACGACAAAUAAACGAGGAAGAAUGGCAAGAGGCAUUAAAUAUUGAACUAAAACGUAUUCGACAACGUAUCAAAGCAAUUGAACAGCGUGCUUAUAUUGAUAUUAAAGAAUUAUUCGAUUGUUCCGCUUUGACGUUUUAUACAAUUUACAACAAUAUCCAAAAGCAAUACAAUAAUGAAAUCAAAAGUGUGAAAACUGUUUGCGAAGUAUUUGAUAAAGCGAUUAUGGAUCAAAUUAAAAUUCAAUAUGAGUUGGUGCUUGAUAAUAAAGACUUCUUAGUUUAUAGUGAUACGUUAUUGUAUCCAUCGAAACCGUUCAAAUCGAAACCGCCGAUUACGGAACAAUUACGAGAAGGUGAAUUUACCUAUAAACAAUUGAAACAACUGUUCGAUAUAUUUUAUGAUGUUGCGCCGAAUGGAAGUAUUCCAGAACGUGUCCUUACAUUUAUUUUACAAGAUUUGAUUUUUUCGGACGCUGAAGAUGGUUUCCAUGAUUCAGUACCAUUGCUAUGGAGACAUGUUGAUCCCACAAAAGUUUCAUCAAUAUUAUUCGAUAUGUUUGGUGAUCCAGAAUUUGUUGAUUGGCGUGAUUUUCUAAUAUAUAAUAUGGGUUUACGUUUUCCAACGGAAAAUGAAGUUUUAAAAACAUGGAUGACAUAUCGUUUAUAUGAUACACAACGUAAAGAAAUUAUAUCCAGGAAACACUUUAAUUAUGUUCGUUUAUGGUUUGAAACGGAACCACAAGUUGUUGAACAUUCAUCGAUAAUUAUGAAUCCAUCGACGAAAACAUCUCAUGCAUCUAUAAAAGUAUCUGAUUUUGUACAGGAUGUUGCUGAAGUAAACGAAGUGACUGAAACAACUACAAAAGUUUCACCGAAAGAAAUGCGAAUUAGUUUAUUAAAAGAUUUAUUAUUUGACAUGUUUCAAGUUGACGUCGAUUGUUUGAAUUAUACGGGGCUUUUGUUAGCAUUCUGCAAGGAUGAAAAACCUAUCAUGGGUUUGGUUAAAGCGCUUAGUUUAACGUUAGAGUCAUUAAUUGGUUGGGAUCCAAAAUUAGGUGCGGAGCGUGAAAAACAAGAUAUCUUAGAAUGUUAUAAUCUUGAAGCCGUAAAUGGAGAACAAAUGGGAGAAAUGAGUAAUGAUAGUAACUUGUCAAAAUAUAAUUGUUUCUGUGGUGAUACAACGAUUGUCGAUUACAGCAGUCCAGAUCGUCUCAGUCAAUACACAAAUUCAUCUUCGAACAUGCUCUCAAAGGACAACGAUGACUCAGUACCCAGUAUUUUACCGUAUUACUAUCAACAAAAACAUUUAUCACAAACGAAAAACGAUGAUUUCGAUGAAGAACAACAGUACUUUCAAAAACGUUCAUUUGUAUCAAUUGCACUGGCGCACACGUACUCCGAUAAUCAAUUAUCGAUUUACAAUAAUCGUGUGUAUUUGUUACCGAUUGAAGCACCAUUAGUGACACUUGCAGCGUGUUUACCAUGGCACAUACGUGUUGAAUGUAUCACAAAUCAAAGUUUACGUCAACUAUUGGAGAAAAUUCAUGCGGACUUAUUUGAAACGCAUACACAUCCAUCAAUUUACGCUUAUAAGUUUUUACAACAUCCGAUUAUUUUGGAUAUGUUAAGUACAUGUUUUAAAUUCCAAGCAUUAUAUCCGCCGGAUAUAGUACGCAAACAUGUACGUCCUUCAAAUCAAUUUUAA